AUGGCUGUCAUUGCAGUUGCGGGCGGGACUGGAAACGUCGGCAAGACUCUUGUUGAGGCUAUUGUUGCUACCGGCAAGCAUGAUGUUAAGAUUCUAGCGAGAAAGGCAAAUCCUGAGUUGGAAAAGCAGGUUGGAGCUUCAAUCUUAGUUCUCGACUAUGCCAAUGUCGAAGCCACUACCAAAAUUCUGGAGGAUAACAAUGUGCACACUGUCAUCUCGGCAAUUAACAUGAUGCCCCCUCCGGGCCAAGUCCCCCAGGAAAUCGAGCUUAUCCGUGCCGCCGAUGCGUCAAAGACAACUAAAAGAAUCAUUACCAGCGGUUGGGGUGUUCCUCAUCAUGAAGGGCAAAUUAACGAUCUGGGCUCGGUUCCCCACAAGCUUAAGGCACAGGCCUUUCUAAAGAACGAGACCAAGGACCUUGAGUACGCUGUCGUACACAAUGGCUUCUUCCUGGACUACUGGGGACUGCAGGCUGAGAAGUCUCACAUGAGCCCUUUCACUCUCUUCAUCGAUAUCCCUAACAACGCGGCGGCCAUCCCUGGAUCCGGAAACGUCCCUGCAGCAUUUACUCAUACAACAGACGUUGCCAAGUUCGUGGCAGCUGCACUUGAUCUGAAGAAGUGGGAUACCGAUUUGUACAUUGUUGGAGACAAAGUGACUUUCAAUGAAUUCCUUCAGUAUGCGGAAAAAGCCAAGGGUACCAAGUUCAAUGUCGCCUAUGACAGCGUGGAGAAACUGAAGGCCCGCCAACCCACGGAACUUCCUGGACAAAUUCCGGCGUACCCGUUCUUGCCAAAGGAAAUUUACCAGGGCAUAGCCUCAACAUUUGGCCUGUGGUUUGAGGGAGGGGCCUUUGAUAUACCUCCCGCUGGUACGAAGACUUUGAAUGAGGUUUUCCCUGAGAUCAAGACUUGGAAGGUGGAAGACAUUUUGAAUAAAGCCUGGAAGGCUUAA